AUGCCUCACGCUACCCAGAAACCGGCCCCCGAGGGCCCGGCGGAUGACGAGUUCGACAAUGUGAUGCGACAGCUGAACAAUUACGAAGGUGGCCCGGAGUUCGACUUCUUGUCGCGUGACUUGGACGUUGGGGAGAAAGCAGAUGAUGCGGUCGACUACGAAGAUUUCGAAGACGAUGAACUCCCGGAGGAAGAGGCUGUCCCCGCGUCGACGCGUCUUCCGCCCACUGACGAGACUGAGGACCCUUUCGCGAACCUCGAAGGAGAUGAUGAUGCCGGUCUAUUUGGAGAUGCCGGAGAUUUCGGAGGCGAAGGAGGCAUCUUUGGUGAUCAAGGAGAGGGACUACAAACCCAGGGAGACAACCUUGAUGAUCUUUUCGGUGAAGGCGCUGCCUCUCCGCCUGCUGGCCAGGUGGAUGAAACACAGGGUCUCUUCGAAGAUGAGGAACCUUCGUUGACAGACCAGCCAGUUGAGCUACCACCUAUUCCUCCGGCCCCCGAACCUCAGCCUCAGCCGAUGGCUCUCGACGACAGCGAGAUCUUGGACGACGUUAGUGUCAUAUCCGAGGAGAUGGACCCGGCGACCCUUCGUGCCUGGAAGCUCCAGCAGCAGUUAUUUGCGAUGUCAUCGAUUGCCGGACCCGACAAUGUACCCGCGCCACCCGAGAACCAUGAGGAGCUUCUUCAUUCUCUGUUUCCCAGCUUCGACCGUGAUACGCUUCCGCGCUGGCUGGAGCUCAUUCCACAGAAGAAGGCCUUCUUCCUGGGAAAGCAGCCUACCAAAGUCCCGAAGCCAGUUCUUCCUACGAAGGUCAAUAUCGAGUUGGCUCCUGAUCAGGAACGCGUGUUCAGGACUGGCCAGCCGAACAAGCGUGGACUGGAUCACGACUCUUUGGGUAUCGUGAUGAUCACCGAAGCUACCCAGGAGGAGGAGGAAGAGGAGGAAACGAAGGAAGAUUUUGAAAUGGGUGGCGCCAACACAGAUGAAAUGCUUCCUGGUGGCUUUACCAUGCAAGAUCUUCGAACUAUCUGCGCAGACUGGGAUGUCCGGGACGAGGACCUUUCCUCCACCGAAAAGGAGCAAAAGCCGGCUGCACCGGCUGAGUCGGGGCUCUUCGACGAGGAUGAGCCAGACUGGCUGAUCGAUGAAAACCAGCCAUCUAAAAAACGCAAGACUGGCCCAUCCCCUAUGGACGUGAUCGCUCUGUCCCACCUCGAUAUUCCCUACCUGGAUGACCCUGAACAAGCGAUCGCGCAAGUGGCCAAGAGGGUUACCAUCGACAUGAAUGAUCCCAACAUUCUUGUUGAGGAGCUGAGACCAGAUGCGGCUGUUCACAAACCUAGACAGAAUCUUCUUCGCUCAAGAGAAGAUAUGGAUUUGAAUGUUACUCGUCGUCUCACCCAGCGAUAUAACAUCUCGAAUGAUCAAGCAUACGACAUGUUGAAGCAGAAUCAUCAGAACAAGAUUCGAAGCACUCUCGGCAAUGUCACCCUUGAGCACGCGUUACCAGCUUUGCGUUUGCAAUGGCCAUACUAUAAGACUGAGCUAGGAAAGGCCGAGGCUAGAUCGUUCCACCGUCCUGCUAUGGCCUUCCGUCCUGGACAAACAUCCUGGUUCAAGAAUCCAGUACAUAUCAAGCGCAAGCACCAAAAGGGCAAAGAUGCCAAGGCGCUCUACGAGUCCACGAAGUCACUUUCUCUGGCCGACAACUCGAAUGCUCUACUCGUGGAAUACUCAGAGGAGGUGCCUUUCGUUCUCUCCAACUUUGGCAUGUGCAAUCGCUUCAUCAACUACUACCGACGGAAGAAUCCAGAUGAUCCUACCCGCCCCAAGGCAGAGAUUGGCGAAACGGCAGUUUUGCUUCCUCAGGACAAGAGUCCAUUCUCCAUCUUCGGUCAUGUGGAUCCGGGCGAGAUUACCCCUGCAAUCUCGAACUCGAUGUAUAGAGCGCCCCUGUUCCCGCACCAGGCUAAGGGAAAUGAUUUCCUUGUGAUCCGUAACAGCACUGGCUCUGGGGGCAGCAAUUAUUACGUGCGAAAUAUCGAAAACUUUUUUGUUGCUGGACAGCAGUUCCCAUCUGUUGACAUUCCCGGUCCUCACUCGCGCAAGGUUACUACUGUCGCGAAGAACCGCAUGAAAAUGCUGGUAUACCGGCUGCUCAAGAAGAGUGCCGAUGAAAGGCUCGCUAUCAGUGACGUUACCGCUCACAUCCCCGGUACCACUGAUAUGCAGAACCGACAAAAAGUGAAGGAUUUCCUUCAGCAUGACAAGGAUACUAAAUAUUGGAAACCUUUGGAUCCUGUCCUUCCAGAUGAAGAUACCAUUCGAUCAUGGGUUCAACCUGAAGAUGUCUGCUUGUUAGAAGCGAUGCAAGUUGGCCAACAACAUCUUCACGACACCGGAUUUGGAAACGAUGCCGAGACUGGUGGUGAAAAUGAGGAGGAUGAGGAAGGAGAGAGUUUCGAGCAGCAGAUGGCUCCUUGGAAGGCCACCCGCAACUUCCUGCUGGCGUCGCAAGGCAAGGCCAUGCUGAAGCUUCACGGUGAAGGCGAUCCUACCGGCCGUGGCGAGGGCUUCAGUUUCAUCAAAACAUCCAUGAAAGGUGGAUUCAAGGCCAUCGGCGAAAGUGUGGAAGACAAGCUGGACGCCCAGCGCCUCAAGGAACUCGGCGGUCACAGCUACAACGUUGCCCGCCAACAAAAAUCAUACGAGACUUCCAUCCGCCGGAUCUGGGAUGCACAAAAGGCCAGUCUCUCAUCGACUGUCGAGCACUCAGACCAGGAGAGCGACGUCGACCAGGGCGAAGAAGAAGAGUUCAACAAGCCAACCCCACGAUCCGAGGCACCCACCCCCGCACCCAACAGACGCGGCGACGACGAAACAACCAGUCAGUUCAGCCGAAUGAGUUUCGCAAGCCAAAAGGGCAAGGUGCUACGCAUCACGCGCCAGUUUAAGGCUUCAAAUGGCGAAAUCUUGCAAAAGGAACAACUCGUCUGGGACCCCCGUGUCAUCAGACACUAUAUCCAGCACCGCCACCGCACCGAAGCCCUCACCACCAAGCUGGAAUCCCUCCAGCCAACCGGCGACCCGGAGGUGGACGCGCGCAACCGCAAGCUGAUCGAGGCCGAGCUGAGCCGUCUCAACCGAAACAAAGAACGCCGCUUCGCUCGCGAGAAGCAGAAGGGUAUUUCUCGGCCUGGCGAUUCCCCCGCCGAUGGCAAGCCUGCUGGUACUCAGCGCAAGUGCGCCAAUUGUGGCCAGGUCGGUCACAUCAAGACGAACAAGAAGCUUUGCCCCUUGCUCAACGGUACGAUGAAGCCUGAGGAUCGCGUGACAGACUCGGCUUUCUCAAUGAGUGCACCUGUUCUCUAG